AUGCAUUCCGUUACUGGUCCCUUCUUCCUCUUAAUCUUGCUCAGCUUUUCUCUCGCCCAGACAAGCGUCGGCUCUUGGAUCUUUCCACCUUCUGCAGACCUCGAUUCCUACAGCUCUACCGACACCGGCCAAGCUUCAUGGCCUUCUGGGCGUGAGCCUGGUACGUCCAAGCCCGGUGCCCCUGCUCCGUUCCCAAGUCCACCAGCCUGGGUUCCUUGGCCAGAAACAGAGACCUCUUCAGCUACAAGUCGCAAGACGAUUAAGCCAACUACAACCACUUCCAAAACCACUUCAGCCUCGCCUACAACGUCGUCUACGACUUUCUCUACGAGCACGACUACCAUCACAACUACCACCACCCCUAUAAUCACGACGACAACCGCAAUAGCCACCACCAUCCCUACAACUACGACGACAACCACCACCACCACCACCACCACCACAACCCCCGCUGUCAUACCAACUAAUUGUAAUCCCGGCGGAGCUCAACCGACCUUCAUCCUCAUCGGUAGCGAUAGCGGCACGGUCUAUGACGGCCAGUAUGUCUCAAGCGUCGACCAAAGCAAUACAGAAAGGCUAGACUUUGUCCCGGCGGAGGCCGACGCUGUCAACUUCACCUUCAAUAACAAUUGUAACCUGGUUACCGUUUUGGAUGGCAGCCUUAGUUACGUCACCUCCACAACUGAGUUGACUGAAGUCUUCCUAUUCCCACCGGGCACUGCAGACUACACGGCCUUGGUUUGCAGUGUCACCGCCGCCAACACGCUCGACUGUGUGAUAGGCGUGCGCGACUUUGCCACCUGCCCGGCUGAUGGGAAUCCUGUGUUCUUCGAAAAUGGUCCAACAGAGGGAUGUUCGUCCAUCACGUUUAACCUGGUGUAUGUGUCAUGA